CUUGGCUUYGCUUUGUUGUAGAAGGAAAACAAGAAUGAAGGCAAGAAUAAGGUUGACGGAGGGAAAAGGAUGRUGGUUCGAUUACCGUGGUCUUGAAGGUUGAUAUGCACUGUGAAGGUUGCGCCAAGAAGGUYAAACGAUUUGUUAAGGGUUUCGAAGAAAAUUCAGGGGAGGCUUUUGUGUUUUAUCCAAAGCAAAAAAGCAAACAAAAACAAAAGGAAAAAAGUUCACUUGAGGGCUAAGGAAGUUUGGAAGUGCGUUUAAUAUCUGCUCCAACCCGGCAGCACCUUCUACUUGGCCGAUAACCAGCGGUGGCAACUUCUCCUUGUCCGGUAACCAGGUUGGGGUUUCACAAGUUUGAAGUUGGAUCUGUGUCCAGGUUCCUUCUGAAUCAGAGACUUAGGCUGUGUUCCAGGGUUCCAGCCUUUUGAAGUCUGACUACGCAAGGACUAAAAUUUUGAAAGCAGUGGCCAUGUCGUCAUCAUGUCUCCCUGCCACAACGGACUCAAUAGCACAGGCUUUAGAAGCCAAGGACCCAGCUGAAGCUAUCUCCAUCCUUUACCGUAUACUUGACAACCCAUCCUCUUCUUCAGAAGCUCUACGCAUAAAAGAACAGGCAAUUUCAAAUCUAUCAGACCUUCUCAGACAAGAGAAUAGGGCUGAGGAGCUGCGGAGUCUUUUGACCCAACUGAGGCCCUUUUUUUCCUUGAUUCCCAAAGCCAAGACUGCAAAGAUAGUGCGGGGAAUAAUUGAUGCGGUAGCCAAGAUACCAGGAACAUCUGAUCUCCAGAUAUCCCUUUGCAAAGAAAUGGUACAAUGGACUCGUGCUGAGAAACGUACAUUUCUCAGACAACGAGUAGAGGCAAGGCUUGCAGCCCUUUUGAUGGAAAAUAAGGAAUAUGCAGAAGCUUUGACCCUUCUCUCAGGCCUUGUCAAGGAGGUUAGGAGAUUAGAUGACAAGCUUCUUCUAGUGGACAUAGACUUGUUAGAAAGUAAACUCCACUUCUCUCUGAGAAACCUUCCCAAGGCAAAGGCUGCACUAACAGCUGCAAGAACUGCUGCAAAUGCUAUCUAUGUCCCUCCAGCUCAACAGGGCACCAUAGAUUUGCAGAGUGGGAUUCUCCAUGCAGAAGAGAAAGAUUAUAAGACUGCAUACAGCUACUUUUUUGAAGCAUUUGAAGCCUUUAAUGCUCUUGAAGAUCCCCGGGCAGUUUUCAGUCUGAAGUACAUGUUAUUGUGCAAAAUCAUGGUUAAUCAGGCUGAUGAUGUUGCCGGGAUAAUAUCUUCCAAAGCAGGCCUGCAGUACGUGGGACCGGAGUUGGAUGCUAUGAAAGCUGUCGCUGAUGCUCACUCAAAGCGCUCCUUAAAGUCCUUUGAGACUGCCCUGCGAGAUUACAGGGCCCAGUUGGAGGAUGACCCAAUUGUCCACAGGCAUCUCUCUUCCUUGUAUGACACACUCUUGGAGCAAAAUCUAUGCAGGUUGAUUGAGCCUUUCUCAAGGGUUGAGAUUGCUCAUGUUGCUGAGCUGAUUGAACUGCCUGUUGAUCAUGUGGAGAAGAAAUUGUCUCAGAUGAUCCUAGAUAAGAAGUUUGCUGGGACUUUGGAUCAGGGUGCUGGGUGUCUCAUCAUUUUUGAUGAUCCCAAACCAGAUGCCAUCUUCCCAGCAACAUUGGAAACCAUUUCCAACAUUGGCAAGGUUGUGGACAGUCUCUACAUAAGAUCUGCCAGGAUAAUGGCCUAAGGAUUUCAUGGUGAACUUGGAUUCAUUUUGUGUUUCUUUUCUAGUUAAGUUCUUUCUUGUCUUAUCCAAAAGACAUUUAGAUAGGCAGAUCUGUCAUCAUCUUCCCGUCUGUUCUUAUAUCUUGGAUAUAAGAUGCAUAUCGGUUGUAUGCUACAUUUCGAGAACUAGUUGCAUCUUUUAUAAUUGACACUGGAAACUGGGGUUAUUUGAUAAUCUGAAAUUACCUGAAUUAUUUGGUA